AUGUCUGGCCGUCAAGGAGGAAAGCUCAAGCCAUUAAAGGCUCCCAAAAAGGAAAAGAAGGACGAGGACGAGGAAGACAAGGCUUUCAAAGACAAACAGAAAGCUGAUCAAGCUGCUCUCAAAGCAGCGAAGGAUAAAGCUGCAAAGGGUGGAGCACCUGGAGGCGGAAUUAAGAAAUCUGGCAAGAAAUAG